GUGUUUGCAGAGUUCAAACUAGUCAAGUAGAAAGCGAAUUUCUAAGCAGACGGAACUCAACAAAGUAAAUACGAAAGUUUUUGUAAGCAAAAAUAGGCGUCAAACUUAUUUAGAACAUUCCGCUAUCUAAUGUUUUGAUUAAACAAGUCUCCCAUAAUAAGGGUCGUUCUCAGAUACUGCGUAUUAUUAGCUGUGAUAUCAAGUUAUAAAAACUGACCACGUCACAACGCCUAAACGGAGGCGUGCCACCGCAUUGAACGUUAAUCAGCAGCUGCAUAGUAGUGAAACCUGUAAAACUACCAUCAUAAGCCAUGAGUUCGAAAGUAACCUUCAAAAUUACAUUAACAUCGGAUCCCAAGCUACCAUUUAAAGUACUCAGCGUACCAGAAGGCACGCCAUUUACAGCUGUACUAAAAUUUGCCGCUGAGGAAUUUAAAGUGCCAGCUGCAACUAGUGCUAUUAUAACAGACGAUGGCAUUGGUAUUAGCCCACAACAGACGGCAGGCAAUGUCUUCUUGAAGCAUGGAUCUGAGUUGAGAUUGAUACCCAGGGAUCGUGUGGGAAGCAGAUACUGAAUGUUAUUGGCUAGAGCAAUAGAUUUUUUUUUAUAACUUAUAUGAUACUAAGCAAUUUAAAAUAUGUUUCAGAAAAAGUCUUGAAUCUUUGAAAAUGUAUAAAAUAGAACUUCUUCAAAAGGUUU